CCAGCGCGCCGCCGUGGGCCCCGGGCGCAGCUAGCGCCCCCGGCCGGCCGAGCGAGCGAGCGAGCGAGCGCGGCGCGGCCCUGGUACUGGCCGGUCCGGCCCACCCAUGGCGGCCAUCCGCAAGAAGCUGGUGGUGGUGGGCGACGGCGCGUGCGGCAAGACCUGCCUGCUGAUCGUGUUCAGCAAGGACGAGUUCCCCGAGGUGUACGUGCCCACUGUCUUCGAGAACUACGUGGCCGACAUCGAGGUGGACGGCAAGCAGGUGGAGCUGGCGCUGUGGGACACGGCAGGCCAGGAGGACUACGACCGCCUGCGGCCGCUGUCCUACCCGGACACCGACGUCAUCCUCAUGUGCUUCUCGGUGGACAGCCCGGACUCGCUGGAGAACAUCCCCGAGAAGUGGGUGCCCGAGGUGAAGCACUUCUGCCCCAACGUGCCCAUCAUCCUGGUGGCCAACAAGAAGGACCUGCGCAGCGACGAGCACGUCCGCACCGAGCUGGCGCGCAUGAAGCAGGAGCCGGUGCGCACGGACGACGGCCGCGCCAUGGCCGUGCGCAUCCAGGCCUACGACUACCUCGAGUGCUCGGCCAAGACCAAGGAGGGCGUGCGCGAGGUCUUCGAGACGGCCACGCGCGCCGCGCUGCAGAAGCGCUACGGUUCCCAGAACGGCUGCAUCAACUGCUGCAAGGUGCUAUGAGCCAGGCCGCCGGCCUCCGGGCGGGCGCCCUCCCGCUGCUGCGCCCCAAGGCUCGGGCGUUCGCGGAGUGCGGAGGCCCGAGCGAGCGGCCUUUCUGAAGAGCCGGGCCCGAGUGGGGCCGCGUGUGCCCGCGUGUGCGUGUCCGACCCCCGCCCAUUUCCACCCCGCCUCCGCCUCUGGUCCCAGGGGCACGCGGGCGCCGGCAACCCGCGAGCGCGUGCUGCCCCUGUCUGUAACAUAGACCUCGGGAACUGCGGGAGGGAGGGCUGGGAGGACGGGAGGGUGUUACAAAUAUAGAUAUAAUUUUAUUUUCGGAGGGAAGAUGGUGGUUAAUGGUGGUGGCGAGCGUAGUGACCAGAGCGCCGCAGCAGCUCCGGCCCACGCUGGAUCCGGCGCCCAUCCAAGCAUGAACUGGACUUGGCAUCUCUCCGACCCCUGGGGAAGACCUUGCAACUGCCCUGGGCUGAGGGGCGCGGCUCCUGCGAGCCAGCCCCCGGGAGCCCCUCACCUGCUGGCCACCUGCAGGUGCUGCCGGGUUGUUUUUGCCAUAAGCGAACUUUGUGCCUGUCCUACAAGUGAAAAUCGUUCGGUCCAAGAAACUGUUAUUUGAUUUAUUUAAAGGCUAAACUUUUUUGUUGUUGAAAGAAUUUUUUGCACAACUGUUUCAUUGUUUGACACUUAAUGCACUUGUCAUUUGCAUAAGACAGUAGCAUUCUGACCCCACUUGUAUGCUGUAACCCCAUCUACUUCUGAUGUCUUUUUUAAAAAAAAAUCAUGGCUUUUAAAACGGAGAGGGGAAAAAACCCACUGAUUUUUGCUUUGGUUUCUUGAAGAAAAAAACAGUGGCAAAACACCGUUUUCUGAUUUUAUUGUGCAGGUUGUGCACAUUUGGGUAAGGGAAGGUGACAAGUAUUGGAGUAUAUUUAAAACUUUUUACCCACAAGGCAGUCUGCAGCUAUGUGAGAUUUUCUCUGCAUCUUUGUACAGAGAAUAAACCGACCCGUUUCCUUUCCCCUCCCCUCCCAGCCCAGUGGUACUUCUACUAAAUUGUCUUGUUUUUUUAUUUUUUAAAUAAACUGACAAAUGACAAAGUGGUGAGCUUAUGAUGUUUACAUAAAAGUUCUAUAAGCUGUGUAUACAGUUUUUUAUGUAAAAUAUUAAAAGACUAUGAUGAUGACAUUUA